AGGGCCGGUCCGGCUGGGAGGCGGGGGCCUGGUCUGAGGAGAGGCGGACGGCGGGCGGAGCCGGUAAUUGCCUCAGCGGCGCGGGCGAGCUGGUGUCGUGGCCGAGGCUGGACCCGGGGCCGCUUUUCCCUCAGUCCCGCCCGGAGGAGCUCCCGCCGGCCUCUCCUUUCCUCCGCGCGUCGGGCCCGGUCCGUGACGGGAAAGGCCUAACUCCUCAGGCGCCUGAGGCGAAGGCCUGAGGCGGCGCUGCCCGUCCUCCUCCUCUCCUCCUCCUCCCCCCUGAGAGUCAGCCGGGGAGACCCGGCGGCGGCUCCUUCUCUCCUCCCGCUCCUCCUCCUCCUCCUUCGGCAGCGGUAUCACCACCGCCACCCUCGUCGUCAUGUCGGCGGGCGGGGAUUUCGGCAACCCGCUGCGGAAAUUCAAGCUGGUCUUCCUCGGCGAGCAAAGCGUUGGGAAGACUUCUUUGAUCACCAGAUUCAUGUAUGACAGCUUUGACAACACCUACCAGGCAACAAUCGGCAUUGACUUCUUAUCAAAAACGAUGUACCUGGAAGAUCGCACAAUUAGGUUGCAGCUCUGGGAUACUGCGGGCCAGGAACGUUUCCGUAGCCUCAUUCCCAGUUACAUCCGCGACUCUGCCGCCGCUGUAGUAGUAUACGAUAUUACAAAUGUAAACUCGUUCCAGCAAACCACAAAAUGGAUCGAUGACGUCAGAACGGAAAGGGGUAGCGAUGUCAUCAUCAUGCUUGUAGGAAACAAAACAGAUCUAGCAGAUAAGAGACAAGUAUCUAUUGAGGAAGGAGAAAGGAAAGCCAAAGAGCUGAAUGUGAUGUUCAUUGAAACUAGCGCAAAGGCCGGAUAUAACGUAAAACAACUUUUCCGACGUGUGGCUGCUGCUUUGCCUGGCAUGGAGAGCACGCAGGAGAAGAGCAGAGAAGAUAUGAUCGACAUCAAACUUGAAAAGCCUCAAGAGCCGCCAGUCAGCGAAGGAGGCUGCUCCUGCUAAUAGUGUGUUGGGGUUUUUUGUUUUUUUAUUAUUUCUGUUUUUCCUUCCUCCCUUCCUUCCUUCUUUCCUCAAACCAUCACUGUCUUCUCCCUCCCUCCCUCCCUCUCUCCCCGGGACAGACCCCUCUCGACAGCCGUGUGACGAUUGCCUUGCCUCCUCCUCUUCCUCCUCCUCCUCUUCCUCCUUCCCCGCACCACCUCCUCCUCCACCGCCACCAGUCAACCCCAGCACGGAUCCUCAUCGCUGCCUGUCUCGUGAAGAUGACCCCCGUUAAGCUCCACCAAGCACAAAACGAAAAACACACACACA